CCUCCCGCACAGACUUGACAUUGAUCCGCAAACCCAAGAAACGAAAGAGAUGACGCUGAGCAGCGACACCCGGAGAAACGAAAGUGAAGCUAAACUGCAGCUGGGAGGAGGCUGCAGCCUCUGCUUAUAAACUCAGCGAGUGAGUGUCUGUGCUGCACACAGCCCGGGGACCAGAUACGUUGAUACAAGGAAAUGGCAGUUUCAUUAGCACCAAACUCUGAUAUCCCUUGUAAAUACACAGAAGCACUUAACGCAUAUGCAGCUGAAGUUGCACUGAAUUUGGAAUGGGGGAACUUUUCUCAAAGUGGACCAUCUCAUGACCCUACGUUUUUCAUAAAAGUGAAUGCUGGGAAUGACAUAUCUGCUGAAGGCCAAGGCAAAAACAAGAAGGAAGCAAAGAACAGUGCAGCUAAGAUACUGCUCGAGAUAUUAAAACAAAAAUAUCCAAUUGAUAGUUAUGCUCGUGACAAUGUGUCUCGCACACCAUCGCCAGCCAGCACGAUAAAUUACAUCAGCAUGCUCAAUGAGUACUCGCAAAGGAUGAGGACACCAAUUCAAGUCAGCUGUCGACAGUUGGCGACCGGAAUGGAUCACAAGCCAAAAUUUGGUUGUACAUACUCAGUCAAUGGCAAAAAAUAUCCCGAAUGUUUUGGUAAAAAUAAAAAUGAGGCCAAACGAGAAGCAGCAAGACAAAUGUAUGAAGAAAUCUAUGAAAUUCAUUCGCCUCAAUCGCCUCCACAGAACCUGGUAAAAGCUUUACCUGAUUUAACGAGGAAACAGGAGCUGCAGCACGCUCCAGAAGGAGCUGCUAACUUGGUUUCGGAACCUGCCACAAGCUCAACAGAUCAUGAAAAGCAAGUGGACGGGAAUGAAGAAAGUGCAGCAACAAUGAGUAAGGAACAAAAGUCAACAGAAAACACAGAUAGGUUCACAACGGUGUCCUGUGAUGAAAAUAAAAGUCAAGGAAUGACCUCGAGCUCCCAAAAUUGUAUUGGAGAGUUGAAUCAAUAUUGCCAAAAGUUGAAAUACAGUUAUGAUAUUAUAGAGGUUGGCAAGUCUGGUCCAUCCCACAAUCUAGUAUUGACUUGUAAAGUGGUGGUGAAUGGCUGUGAUUAUCCAGAGGCCUCUGGGAAGAGCAAGCAGGAGGCCAAACAGAAAGCGGCAAAACUUGCUUUGGAAGCUCUUGAGAAGCAGGAAAUGUCCGUUUCAACAAAUGUAUAUUCCACAUCAGGCCAGUACACAUCAAUCAACAGUUCAACAAGUUCAAACUUGAAUGCUUCUGAAUACUUGUUUUCGACACCGAAAUCUAAAGGCAAAGGGAGAAGAAGUAUAGCUGCAAAUUUUAGCUCAUCUAUGAAUGAUCCAAGCACUUCUCAGGCUGACAGUGAGGAUUCCUGGGUUGAGUUUGAAGGUCCACAAGACCGAUUGCACCAGGAAUUUUCAGACAUUCAGUAUGGGCUUGGAAGUGGUGCCUUUGGCAAUGUUUUUAAAGCAAAGAAGAAAAUGGACAAUCGUUACUAUGCUGUCAAAAGCAUUAUCCUAAAAGAUGAUGGAAAAGAGAAACGUGAAGUUGAGUUACUGGCCAGAAUGUCUCAUGAAAACAUUGUUCGCUAUUACCAUUCCUGGAUCGAACACAGUUCCAAAAUGAAAAAAAAUACACUUUACAUUCAAAUGGAGCUGUGUGAGGAACAUACCUUACAAGACUGGUUGGAAACGUUUGCAAAUUCAAAUCGUGAAAAGGAACCUGUGUCUAUAUCAAUAUUUACUCAAUUAGUAGCUGGAGUUAAAUACAUUCAUGACCAGAAGAUGAUCCAUCGGGACCUUAAGCCUGCGAACAUCUUCCUCAGUGAAGGAAACAAAGUAAAGAUUGGUGACUUUGGUCUUGCAGCAAUUAUGAAUGAGAAAAAUGCUCAUACUGUAGAUGUUGGAACACGUAAAUAUGUAAGCCCAGAACAGCAAAUAAUAUCAUCGUACACCAAUAAAACGGAUAUAUUUCCGUUAGGACUGAUUUACUUUGAACUUUUCUGGAUAUUCUGCGGCACUGGGCACGAAAAAAAUGCAAAAUGGCAGAAGAUUCGAUCUGGCGAUUUUCCAUCACCAUUUCCUGAAAACUUUGAAUUCCAGACUAAGGUAAUCAAAAUGAUGCUCACCAACUCUCCAGAGUUGAGACCAACAGCUGACGAUGUAAAACAAAUACUGAAUCGUGGUUUACAGGAAGAAUCGAAAACCAUUUAAACAGAUUAUUCUGAGGAGAACUGCGGGUCGGAUAAACAGCCUCGGAGUGUUGGUUGAAUCCAUCAGUGAUCAUCUCUAGUUUAAUUAUUUCUAAACAAUCAAAUCAUGACAUUAUCAUGGUGUACUUUCCAUUUAAUAUGC